CCUACUACUCUUCCUUUUUAUUUGCAUGUUUUUCUUCCUCUCUUGCCCUCUAUACGCAUAUAUAUAUAUAUUUGUUUUAUCUCUGUCUCUUUCUUACUUUAUAGCACGGGAAAUCUUUUCACAUUUUACGACGUAAACUUCGGGCGUUUGUUGUUUUGCAAUAAUAUUCAUUAUUGGUCAUCAUCCAAGAAUUUUAGAAAAUAUCUUAUCGUGGUUAUUUUCAAAGAUGCAUACAUAUAUACACGACUUUAAUAUCGAAUUCUUAUGUAACGGAAGGAGGCUGUUCCAAGUUGCGUUCUUGAGCCUAUUCCUCUCUCUCAUUGGUCGGUCAGCCAGGCACGUGCCGAUCAGUACGAAAUGCAUCAGGUACGAAGUACAAACGCAUCGAUAUGUUGUUAACCUCAAAUUUCUAUGGACAGCCGACUUUACGAAUCGAUGCCUUCGAAAACAUGGGAAAUUCAUAGAUCGCUGGAUAACUAAAUGAAUUCGAUAUCGGCAUCGCGAGGAUUUGGAAACACAACGCGACGUCUGGAACAUUGUGUCACCAUGGUACUCCUGUGGGAUUUUCCAUAAGCUUCCCCGUCGAAUCAUGGAUAGAAUAGAUAGAUCAGAUAGAUCAAGAUGUUUAAUCGCUCAUUUCGAACUUCUUGAAGUGAAUUUAACCGAUUUGCCAAUGGCGUCAACUCGAUAUCGUCGAUUCGAAGCAUCGCGAGAACGCUACUCGAGUCUCCGGAAGUGCGAAGCGUCGGCUGUCUGGCGAACGAACGAACGGAUGGUUGGACGGAUGGAUAGGAUAUGCAGGGACAGGUGGCUCUUCGACGAUCCUAAGUGGGCAGGAAGGACACCCGGGCUCUGACGAGGGGCGAGAGACAGACGGAUGGACUAGCUUGUUCGCUUACAAGUCAAAGAGAGAGAGAGAGAGAGAGAGAGAGAGAGAGAGAGAGAGAGAGAGAGAGGGUACAGUUUCGUGUUCGCCCGAUGCGUGCAAUGCAAUUUCCCGCAGGGCCGUCUGUCCGCUUGUGCGGUCGUGCAUGCCACUUACGCCAUUGUUCCUCCCCCUUUUCGCAUACGAAAGUGAACAUUCCCGAGAUCCGGGAGGAAUAUAACGCGAGCGAGCUGCUGACCCCUUGUCUCAAGGCGUAACACCUCGUCUACGAGAUGUAACUGAAUAAUGCUCUCUCUAUCUAUCUAUCUCAUCAGCAUUAACAUCAGGAUGUAGAUCUAAAAGAUGAAUAUCUCUUGGUCGAGCAAGCUCUCGGAAUGCGAGAGAAGAAAGGAAGGAAGACAUUCAAGGAUCGAUUCGAGCAAGCGGAAAACUAUGCGACUGGAGAAUAAUUUAUGCGAUAUUUUCCUGCAAAGCGGUACCGUGCGAGGGCAUGAAUUGGAAACGUUCCACUUGGACUGGUUCCAUCGGUCCGAGAUAGGACGGAUCAUGCAAGAGUUUUCGCGCGUUUUCGUUUCCUUCUGACCGAAUCCAGAACUCGUUCACCCUUUUUAAUAUUUUCUUUUUUUUUUUUUUUUUUUUUUCUUUUUUAUCAAACUUGAAGACUGAUUUUGAAAAAUUGAGAAAAGAGUAACUCUGUUGUACGUUUUCGACGCCUCGAGGGGCAACGUUAACACUUUGAAUUCGUUCAUUGUUCGAUUCUCGAUACGGUGAAUAAAGUUGCAUUCUGAAGGGCCAUCGUCGUGCAUCAAAAACGAAGGGGUCCGCGAGUUGUAGCGCUCUGUCGUCGAGAGUAAAGCUGCCGAGGGGCAGAAGGGAGUGAACCUCGCCGACCGUAGGUAGGGGAAGCAGCGAAGAGUCAUGACGUCAGCCCUCUUGUCUAAUCGUUCAGCCGUCUGUCCGACGACGACAACGACGACGAUGACGACGACGACAACGGUGACGGCCGACGUUCUACCAAAGAGAGUGCACGCAGACUUUGACGUAACGUUUCAAUGUCACGGUUGCGUCAACUCGAAUCGACCCGCCAUCCAUCCUACUGCAUAAAGUUUCAUCUCUAUUCAUUCGUGUCAGAAAUCAAAAUUGCAAGGUGGGAAGGUGAGUAAAAGGGAUCGAAAGGUCAAACUCUCGUCCAGCGGUCGGCGACGAGUAUAUAGCUUAAUGCGAUCGUCUAGGAGAAAACGGGCGUAACGCGCUCGUUCGGCUUUUCAAGGGGUCUCCGUUACCGGAGCCGCCGUCGUCUGGAGUGCCGACGAGUUUCAGGAGACGCAAUUGGGGGGUGUGUGAGGGAAGUAGGGAAGGAGAGAAGGGCGGAUAGGCGAAUGCUGGCUUCGUAGGGCUGGAGACGAGGAAGAGAGGGAGGAGGAGAGUUGGAGACGAGACGGGAGGAAAAGGAAGAGUAGGAGGAAGGGUGAAAGGAGAGAUGAAAACGGUAGCUGGGUUCGGAGAGGGGCGGAAGGGGUGUCGUUACGGUCCUGCACUGGCAGAGGGUGCGGUGCCGAAGGGAACAGACGCGCGAUACUACGCUGCUGGAGAUUCCUAGAGGUUUGAGGUUUCGCGGCCUUUAUUCCGACGUCUCCUUUUCUCGUCUUCUUCUCCUCUCGCCUAGGCAAUCUAUAUAUCGAUGCAGAAAAAAAAGGAAUUUUGAAAGAUAACAAAAUAUGAUCUAAAAACAAUGCCCAGCUUUCUACUUGAUAGCGAUACGUUCAAAACGUUCGCGUUGAGGCCUCUCUCUCUCUCUCUCGCGUUGCCAAUUCGCGAUUCCAAUGCCCUUUCCCACCGUUUUUAUUGACAACUCGUAAAUUCAUCGAGGAAUAUCAGUGAUCUCGCAAAUCUCAGAGAAAAGAGAAAUGACUGUGGAAAUCCAUGAGAAUUUUGUCCUCUUUACGAAUGCAGAAAAGUUCUGUCCUUGCAGAAAAGUCCCCAACGUAAUCGGCCGUGGAAUAGGUUGGCGGUUGGAGAGGGAGGCAAACGGGAUGUUACGCUCGCGAACCAAAAAGCGUUUUAAUUCCCUGGACGCUUAAUUCCGUGCGUACGAAUGGCACGCGUGAAUAUGCAUGACCCGACUGGCUUGGCCAGCCGAACUAGCCAACCGAGCUAGCCAGCCAACGUCGUAACUACGUACGAACGAAGAACGAAGUCAAGCCAGGAGAAACAACAAGGGUCGUUUGACACGGAUAACGAUGAUGACAAUGGCGAGGAGCUUUGCGUGUCUACGCUGGAUUAAAAAAUUCAAAUGCGAAUGUGGAAAGAAGAACGAGCUACAAAUUACGAUCUCGUCCGUAUCUACCAAGAAACUUUUAUCGUAGCACGAACGAAUGAACGAACGAACGAAAGAAAGAACAAACGGGAGAGACCGUCUCUUUCUCUUUCUUCGGUAUGUUUUACGAGACGAAGCAGCCACUUCGUUUCUAUCGUGUUUCUUACGAUUCCGUUAUUCCUCCCUGUACAAAUUCUCGUUAAAAUCCGUCCAGGAGGUAAAAACGUUAAGUGUCUUACAGUGUCUCGCAAUUACCAAUAUUGGAAAAUAUAUAUAAAGUAACGAAUCUAAACUCUUUUAAAGACUCGUGGAAAAAGAGAGACUUCAUGGGUUCACCGUAACUGUCGAUCAAAAGACACAAGUGGAAUAAUGGUGUAACGAAAUAGAAAGGAUUGGUCCCAUAUCGAAUUAGUUUCUAGGUGAAUCAUGUCUUUGCAUAACGUCAAUGUAAAACUCUCGAGAGAUAGGUGUUUGAGUUUGCAGGAGGAGAAAUGAACGCUCUGGCGUUUCCCGACAGUGCGAACAACGUGUACACUUUACACCGUCUUCAGACGGGGUGAGAAAGAGAGAGAGGAGAAGAAAGAGAAGGAGAUGCAAAGCGACGGUUGGUCGGAGUCGAAGGAAAGCGUAGAAAGACGUUGUUGACGAGACGAUAUAUCCAAAGGUAGUAGCAGCCGGUGUUGACAAAACACCGAGACGUCGAUAUGUGUACCCGCGGAAGGCGCUUCAUAGCAGUCGAUGACACAGCCAGCGAGCAGACGGUCUGACCUGGAUGCCUUGUUUGCUUCGCUACCAUCGGCUCGACCCGUCUGCACGCUCCUCUCUCUCUCUCUCUCUCUCUCUCUCUCAAACUUGUACACAGAUACAGGUCCCUACAUGCAUUCGCACACAGUCGCGUCUAUACUCCAUAUAUCCAGACUCGAUACUGCAACGUGCGUGCCAUGAGGUUUUGUCGCAACCUCGAGCACGUGUAUACUUACACUUUGUGUAAGUGUGUUUGCUCGUGUUUCGUGUGUACCACAAAGCUUGCAGAAAGAGAUAGAGGUACUCGUAGUGUAAAGUCUAGGCUUUUCCUUCACGCUGCUUGGUAAAUAAAAGACACAGCUUGUUUGAAAUUUCCUCGCUCGCUUUUUUUUUCAAAACUUUACGUUUUAUGUGAUUUUCUCAAAGAUCGAUCUUGAUCGUUCCCUAGGCAAGUUGGAUUAAGUAUACCGAUCUGUUAUACUUUUUCUAACGCAUCUCUAAAUAAGAGUAAUGGACCACGAGCAGUUACGUUUCACAGUAGGAGCUCGAAGGAAAUGGUGAUUCAUUUCGUGAUAUCCCACAACGAGAAAAAUGUCCCUGGAAGGGAGCUGCCAUUUCUACGUAAUCUGCAGUGAAAGAGACACUCGCCGUCUUCGCGUUUCUCUCCUCGUAAAAAGUUUCUUCUUCGAGAUUGGGUCGUGAGAUGAGUACUCGCGACGAUAUAUCGCUGCGUCUACUCGUCUUUACGCUCAUUAAAAGGAGGAAAAGUAUUCGAACGUAGGUAGAAACAUUGAAUACCUAAAUAGAAAUUGACUAAUUAGAUGUGUUUAAUAAAACGUCUUAUAAUUACUUGAAAUCAUUUUUACUUUUGAAAAUUGUGUUAACGAUUUAAUUUAGUAUUUCAGCGCUUGCGACUUGAACGAUUUAUGACACGCGGUCAAAAAAACAAAUAAAUAAAUAAACAUUUAGAUCUUUUCAAUGGAUAUUUCAUUCAUUGUCACGAAGCAGAUGUUCAAAGGGAUCUCUCUUUUUGUAUCUAAUAAUUUACGACUUCACUUGGCAAUUUUUUUUGUUUACUGGGUAGGAGAAAAGAGAAAGCAAUGAAAGUCGUCGAGGUAACGCGUGGGCGAUAGAUAACCGUUAGGAGCAUCGUAAUAGGCGGAUGAGUUAAUUAGAGGGAUUUAAGAGCCGACAAGCAUACCGGCAUUACGUGCACCAAUCGAGUGAAUCGCUGUCUCUCUGUCGUCGAUAAUUACCAAUACAACAACAACGAUAGCGACAAAGUGCUUUUGUCUUAAAUCGAGGAAUUCCAAGUAUAGUAUUCGAUGAUUAAAUCAAAGUAUCAUCACGGCGCCAGUUAAUUAAUUAGAAAUUUGCUUAAUUAAGUGAUUUAGUAGGCCGAAUACCGUAGCAAUUAGCACGUGUACCCGCCGGCGUCUGAGAGGAGCGUCGAGUAAACAGAGGCAAGACUAGAGAAAGAGCCUUGGGAAGAGGCAAAGAAAACAAGGACUGGUGUUAUUUCUUACCUAAUCAAAACGAACUUGAAGAUUGGAAAUAUAUUUCCCUCUCCCUCUCUCUCUCUCUCCCCCCCCCCCCUCUCUCUCUCUCCUUCGCGUUCUUUUAUUUGUAUCCCGUCUGAAGCCUUAAGAGAUUUCUCUGAAAUAUUCCAAAGCCCUGGUUACGCGUAUCAAAGGAAUCCUCGCGCUCAUUACACAUACUUUCCCCUUUCCGCUUUGAAACAUAUAAAGCGAGGUUGCGAAGUUGUAAAAGAGGUGCUUAAAUCCGGUGACUUUCUUCGUUGAAGGAAGAAAAAAAAAGGAAGAAGGAGAGAAUGUCUACAGCGUACGCCAGGUCUUCUUAAAGCAUACACAGACACAUACAUGGAAUAUAUCGAAGAUGGCGUCUAGCUAGACUAGACGAUAGAAAAAUAGAAAAAAGAAUAGAUUAGACGAUGGCUAGACUUAUCUCCUAUAGACAAACAUCCAUGUACACAUGGGAUCAAAUUUUUGCGUUCUCUUUAAACCCAAUCGCGGAGAACGAAUCGAGUACCAUAGAAAACGAACGUGGAAAACGAACGGUGAACAAUAUUUCCUAGCACCGUCGCGCCGGUCGCCGAUAAAUACAGACUUCGCGCAUAGCGGCGCCCUACCGGUUUUGCGGUAUCUCGAACGGCUUAAUGGCACUGUUAACUGCCGUAUUAUUUAACGGGGAUUUAUGCAUUGCAGUCUGCCGAUUAAAACACUACGGUGGUUAGGGAGAGGGGGGUAGGGAGAGCGUGGUAGAGGACCAAGCGAAAGGGUGGCGAUGAGGUUUGGGUGCUAUGAGUGGAAGUGAGAUAGAAAUGGAGAGGGAAACAGAGAGAGAAAGAGAGAGAGAGAGAGAGAGAGAGAGAGAGAAGCGGUGGCGACUAGAGCCGACAAGGACGAGAGGGUUGGCGGAGUGCACGAUACCCUUAAUCCUUCAUAAUAGCUUGCUCUGAUAAACAGUCUACCCCUCACCCUUCCCAUCUUUUUCACCACGACUGGAAACUCGGGACUCGUAAAAAUCCUCAAACCGAUUAUAUACAUAUAGGCACUAUACUUCCGUAGAGUCUGGUCAUCGGCAGGUAUCAAUGAAUUGUUUUUCUUUCUAAUUAGUAAUUUUCACAUUUUUCUUUAGCAUCUCGUGUGCCGUAGAAAGAGUAGAAUAAUCUGGUAAAAAGUGAUAUAGCAACAAAUCGUUCGGUGAAUACUUAAAGAGAAGAAGAAGAAACGAAGAAUAAGGAAGUAGAAAGAGUGAGAGACGAAAGGCUCGUGAAUCAUCCACGUCACGAUCGCUGCCAAUGGGAUCUCGGAUCUCCCGGGCGAUGCUAUUGGAGGAUUUACAUCUCCUGUCUGUGCCGAAUGCCAGAGGAACUUGGUUCGUGCUGCUGUUGCUGCUGCUAGUAGUGCUGGUGCAACGAGGACGAUGGUAAAUCCGGUUGGGCAUAUAUUCGCGGAUGCGCGAAUACGACGAGCUCUCGUGGAGGGAAAAGAGAUGGAACGAAAGGAGAAGGAGGAAGAGGGAGGAAAGAUAGAGCUAGAAUGCGUAUAUGUGUGAGAGAGAAAGAGGAGAGAGAAACGGAGCAUGGUCGAUGUGUCUAGCCUAGCCCGGUUGGCUGGCUGGCUGGCUGGCUGGCUGGCUGGCUGGCUGGCUGGCUGGAUGAACCAGGGACCGUCUAGCUUGCGCUGCCCCGCACAAACUCGGCAUUAUCUAUACGUCUAGACACCCCUGCGCCACACCAGAGAAAAGAGAGAGAGAGAGAGAGAGAGAGUGAGAGGGAGAGGGAGAGGGAGAGAGAGAUAGACUGUAGGCAGCUUGGCGCACUGCUUGUAAUUUACAGCAAGCCCCACCGUGUCUUUCUACGCUCGCUCUAACCUACCAACUUCCUCUCCUUCUCUUCUUCUCCAUCUUGGUCCGUCUCGUUACACUCUCUCCUAUCUAGCUAGUCUUCCUGUGUAAACUCACCCCACAAGAUAUAGUUAUACAACUUUGUUGUUAUCACGCUAAGAUGCAACCACCAAUCGUGGAUCGUAACUUUUAGCUCUUGGGGACCACGAAAAGAGCACGCACUUUCUCAGACGGUAUCGUUACGAGAUUAAACCGACCGAAUCGCCUUAGACUCGACCUUCAAAGAAACUCUCUUGUCCACCUCCAAGUACCUAGAGUAAGAAAGGGAGAGAACACAAAGUUUCUCCGGCCGGGACUCGGGAGAGGCAAGAAUUAAGGAAGAAAGGUAGGAAGGAAGAACACGAGUCAGGUGCGUACGACGUCGAACUUGGUGAGUUUCGAGAACGCAAUUUUCCCAGAGGAAUCGGUCCUCGCUAAUGCCAUGGCGACCAUAAAGUCGAACAGAGAAGAGAGUAAGAGAGCGAGAGAGAGAGAGAGAGAGAGAGAAAGUUAUACUUACUAAGAAGAGGAGAGUUAAAGGAGGAAGCUCGGAGGUUGUAGCCGUCGUCGAAGUUCGAGGGGUUCAACGAGCUGACGCUUUAAGCAAUGUAACUUACAGAAACUACGCUUCCGAGCGGUCUCGGGCGCAGAUUAGUCGUAAUCUCGGCGCAUUGCACUCUGCAGAUCCACUUCUCCUCUUCCUCUCUCUUCCUCUCACCAUUUAUGUUCGUCGUGAGAAAGAGAGAGAGAGAGAGAGAGAGAGAGAGAGAGAGAGAGAGAGAGAGAGAGAACUCUAUCGACGUCUCCUUCUCCUCCUUUGCGACCUUCCUCGUGCUUCCUUCGUGUGUUACACGACGAAGUCGCACCGAUAUAACACCGAGUCUCGUAACUUCCAACACAUACACAUACCCAGCUUAGUCGGUGCUUAUAUCGCCGCUUUGAUUAUUUCCUAGAGGCUUAAGCCAAGUCUACGCCCUCGCUCGCCUCGCUGCUAUCAACGGGUUACAACCGCGGCGAAGAUUAAACGCUUUCUCGAUUUACGAGUCCGCGGUAUCCCUUAGCCUUCGGCUUUUCUUAAGGAACAUGGCUUGAUUCAUCUAUAUUUAGCUCUCACUAUUGGUCGAUAUUCGAUGUAAACAACUGAUGUCUUCGUGCUUCCCAGAGAGAAAAAAAGAUAUUUUCUUUGUGAAAGGAGAAUAUAAAAAUUUCUUCUUUUUCUUUUUUUCAUCGAUUACUCGACCUGGUAUAAAAUAUUAAGAAUAGGAUUUAAAUCUCGUGACAAAUUCUACGUUGGCAACGCCUAACGUGGUAACUAUAUUGAACAAACAAUAUAGAUAGAAUAUGUUCGUUGGUGAGUUAGAAAGAGAGUCGCUUUAAUAAUUAAUUAAUUAAUUAAUGAGACGUUUUAAAGAAUAAAAAAUAAUGGAGAAAAAUCAAGACUACAAGGAGAGCAAGAAAGUCGAUAGAACGCUUGGCAUAAAACGUUAUAAUAACAUAAAAAAUCCAGUGAUUUUCGACAGGAUUAGUAAAGAGGUGAUAAAAGCCGAACGAGAGGCAGAACGGAAAUGGUUGGCGAGAUACGAAUGUUUGUCCAGAGAAUAUUUUCAAAAGGUGCUGGCAGAAGAAUGCAGAAAAGCAGCACUUCCGGCGGAUACUUUCAAGCGAAAACCGCCGGAAGACCCGACUAAAUGUUCACCAAUUCCCUUGAAACCUUCGCCGACCGUUCCCAGAACGGCGUCCGCAAUGGUCGGCUGGAGAUCUUCUCGCAUGGAAUACAAUCUAGAGUUCACCGGCCCUAUAUAUAUUUCACCAAAAUUGACCGUUCGUUCGUCCACGGAUAUAGAAAAUUAUCUGGCCCAACAGAGAUUCAUUUUUCUCGGUUGAAUGUGUGUGUGUGUGUGUGUGUGUAUAUAUAUCAUAUAUGCAUAUAUACAUAUAUACAUAUAUACAUAUCUGUAUAUGUGCGUAUUACAUACACACAUAAAUUUCAAUUAAUAUCAAUUAAAAUGAAGAUGUAACGGUAAGUAUUACAGAUAUAAUGAUAUAGGAUUUUAAAUGCGGGUACGACUCUCACGAUUCGUUUAAUGUGUAAAUGCAUUUUAAAAUGUCGAAAAACCUUAUAAAAAAUGACGUUUUCAAUUGUACUGUAUCGUCGGUUUUUUCCCCGUUUAUACGCUGAACCACUUCUGUUUUAAAGUCGGUGGUAAUUUCUCUGUCAAUGCAAUUGGAUUAACUUCGACCGCGACCAUUUCUUCAUUGUUCAACCAGCUCAAAUAGACAAGGUGCUAUAGAAUCCACAUAAUAUAAUUUCUUGUAGAAGAAUAAAUGAUAAGAGAUAUAAAUCGGGGAUGAAUAUUAAAAAUUACCUUAUACUUUUUGGCAACUUUGAAAGCAUGUUGCGAUUGCAAACUUAAUGCAGAGCUGCUAUCUUCCGUGAUAUCGCCAUUUUCACAUUUUGGUAUUUUCGCCUCUUUUUCUGGCAAUUCAUUCGCUUUAUUUAUUAUAUAUACCGUAGAAUCAUCAUGCAUUAUUAUAAUGUUCUCAUUGUAUGGAUCAAAACAAAUAUUUAUUAUUGGAAACGGACGUGCCAACCAUUGUUUCGGAAUACGACUUUGCAAGCUAUUUGAAAAUUGGGUGUACUGUUUUCUGGGUAUAUUAUAUUCGACGAUCUAAAAAUAUAACACGAUAUAUUAAAGUUAAAUUUAUAUGUCAUAUAAAGCUUGUAGUCCAUGUAUAUAGGACUGUAAUCCUGUGUCACAUUUUAUAGUUUAUUUUUCUUACCUUAUGAUCGGAGUAUACAAUGACGAGGUUUAGUGUACCUUUUUGCACGGCCAUAGCUGUUGGUGGACAACUGUACUUAGGUAGCUGCCACGGUUGAAGAGAUUCUUGCGUAAGAUCUCCAUCGACUUUAUAUACUGCAAUACUGCUUCGGCGAUCCGCACAUAUUAAAUAUUUACUAUCUGGUGAAAAACAUACAAGGCUAACAUUUACAAUAGAUUCAUUCGUUGUUUGGAAUGAUCCAAUGUGCCUCAAGCUUUUCUUAUUCAACUUGUAUAAUGUUACUACGUUCUCUUUCCCAUCGUUGUUAAUUGUCGCUAAUAGUUUACCAUUAUGGCUGAACAACAUUUUCUGUAUUCUGUUCGCAGAUAUAUCGGUAUCAUUUCUUAAUAAGAGAGCGUCUCCCUCUACUACGUCAAAAUUGAAUACUCUGACAUGGGUAUCCGUUGAAUAGACAAUUGUUUUUGAAUCUUUACUAAUGGCACAAGAUAAAAUACUUUCAACUCCUUUUGUUUUAAGUUCUAAUAAUUUUAUAGGUUCUUCAUCUAAUUGGUGUAACGUGCCCACUUUUACAGAUUCUGAAGAAGCUUUGACCGACGAUCCGAGUCUCCAUAAUUCAAGAUAAUUGGUAUAACACAACAAUACACAUCUAGACCUCUUACAUAGAAUAACGGAAGGUGGCUGAAGUAAAGGUGGAUAUUUCACUAAUAUUUUUGGAGGAUAACUCGACUGAGCUAAAUAACCAUCUACUCCGGCAGAAUAUAAUUUACCAUCUGCCUCUACCAAUGCUCUAACGUCAUGAGAAUGUAAUCUCCUUUCGAUACCCUUUACCCACUGUGGUUUUCCACUAGAUUUUAAAGUAACUUUACAGAAACUUCGUACGACAGGAUCAACUCCCGCACAAUAAACAACAUUUUUUUCAUGAGACAAUGUCACUGCCAAUAUGUCGGCGGUAUGACUUUCAUGGGACUCGAUUAAAGUACCCAUAUGAGGAUCCCAAAAGGACAAAUAACCACGAGAGUCCCCAGAAAUAAUUAGAUUAUCGUCUGUCACCGCGAGACACCAUACGAUAGUUUCUUUUUUCGCUUCCGUUCUAGAAGUAGUCAUUUUAUGAAUUGCAUGGCCUGAAACAGCGCUCCAAACUCUAAUGGUAUCCGUGGAUCCAGUAUAUAUCAUUUCUCCUGUGUUGUCCCAUUUAAUACAUAGAAUUCUACCUUUUUGUUUGUCAAAUAUCCGUUCAUAAAUUAAUGUAUCUUCUGCGAUGGAAAACGUAUUAAUGUAUCCAUCCUCUGUACCAACGGCAAUAAGUGUUUUUUGCUGAUUAACGUCCAUACACCAUGCUGCUCCACCUGUGACCGCUACCUUAUAUUUCAUUCCCAAUGUGAUUAAAUUAUAUUCCACGAUUAGACCAUGAAGACCAGUCGAGAAAAGUCUUGAACCGAUCCAAAGAAUGCUUUCCACAGAAUUUUCAGAAUGACCAAGGAUUGUACACUCGACAAACGGUGCAUUCCCAACGUUCCAUACCUCUAUCGAAUUAUCGUUUCUACGAAUAACAAGAGAAUAAUAUAUGUAAGAAACAUUUUCAUACGACAUUUAACUAUAUAACGAACUAACCUGGCAAGUGCUAAUUUCUUCGUUUUUGGUUCGUGACACAAGCAAGUAGCAGAUUUAGGCUCAAGAUUAUAAAAUCUAACAUUAUGUAUUUUAAACGUUGUCAUGUUUCAUUAAAAUAUCUUACUUUUCAUUCAUUUAUAAAAAGACUUUAAAUUCAAACAAAAUA